AUGACUCAGAGGACUUUCAACUAUGAUGCAAUGUUGUUAUAUUUGCUUUGGACAACGCUGCAACUUUAUUCUGAAAUGGAUGAUUUUUCAGCUCUUUUGGCAGAUUCAGGGACAGUACUUGUUUAUGUGGAUGAUGUGAUUGUUACUGGCAAUGAUAUUGACUCCAUCAAUCGUUUGAAAUCCUACUUGGAUGCGAAAUUUCAUAUUAAGGAUUUGGGACGGCUCAAAUACUUUCUUUGUAUCAAGACACCUCACAAGCCACACCUUGAUGCAACUCAACGAGUUCACUGCUAUUUGAAGGCCACUCCAGGGCAUGGCAUUCUGCUUCCCUCUGCAAGUGCAAGUCCAAUCUCUUGGCGCACCAAGAAGCAAACCACUGUGGCGCGUUCUUCAGCAGAGGUUGAGUAUCGAUCCAUGGCCAUCUCUUCUUGUAAACUGACAUGGCUUAAAUUUAUGCUUACUGAUCUUGGGGUUUCUCACUUUCGGCCUAUGCACCUUCACUGUGAUAACCAAGCUGCUCUCCGCAUUGUGGUCAACCUUGUCUUCCACGAACGUACCAAGCACAUUGAAUUGGAUUGCCACCUUAUUUGA